UAUACAAGUUGCACUUUUGGAAUGGGAUUACUGAUUUAAAUCAACUUUUUCAUGAUAUUCAAAUUUUAUGACAGCACCUGUAUAAUUUUCCUCCCAUUUUGCAGUUGUGCAUUGCUUUGUGUUGGUAUUACUAAAUCCAAGUAAAUACAUUAAAGUUUGUAAUUAUAAUGUGUCAAAAUGUGGAAAGGUCCAAGGAGUAGGAACAUAUUUGCAGGGUGGUAGGGUAAGGGUUAGGGAUUCAAGCUCUCAAUGACUUUCCUCACCUCGUCCGUCGACUGGGUGGUUAGAGGAAAGCCAAAGGCAAUGCAUGGGCCACCACACGCCAUCUGCAGCUUCCCAUUCCAACUGGAAGCAUUCGAGCAAAGAAUGAGUGCCUAUCUACAUUUAAACAUGAUCAAAUUGAAUGAAAACCAACUAAAACGCCUAAAACUGUAAUAGAACUCCCCAACUAACCCGUCUUAGGAUCGUAAGGGAGCCUCCCGCCGUCCGGGGAGGAGCGGCGCGGCUCUCGGGACGCCUGUCCCCCCGGUCCGGCCCUGAAGGCAGGCCCUGAAGGCAGGCCCGGAGGGACAGCCCGAAAAUUCGGCCCCGAUUUCGGGGUCUAACGAGGCCAGGUGUCGCCAAUUAGGCUUGAUUGGAAGCCGAUCAUCAGGAGCUUCCCUGAUUGGAAGCCCUGAAUUGGGACCAGGUGUUGCCAAUUAGGCUUGAUCGGGGGGGCGGGGGGGAAGCACGCCUGCAUAUAUAGCUGGGCUGCGGAGGUGCCCUGCUUCUCAGUUGCUAUCUGACUCUCGCGGAGUGAUGACGGCUUCUAAGUUUAAAAAUCGUUGCCCUGUUUGCCAGAGCAAAUCUUGGCGCCUGCGGAGCCACUUGGAUGACGUUCAUAGCGUCAGGAACGCCCAGGAGCGAAGGAUCCUGUUGGCGUUUGCCAGAGGGCGAGUGAGUGUCCGCGGAAUGAAGUGCCCCGUCCGCGGAUGCGCUUACGGGGGGUCCAGGGUGGCGCAGCACCUCCAAGACGCUCACCGUGAUCUGGGUGCCAAGGAGAAGAGGCGGCUUUUGAGGAAGCUCCAGUGGCGCAAAACGCUUAGGCAGGUGAGAGAACUUCGGGCCUCGGGUCCCGACCCGCCGUUAGCCACCAGCUUGGACCUGGACGGUUCACGGGGCAGGGAAGAAGCCGCCGCCGCCUCCGCUUCCCCGCCUCCCCCCCCUACUCUUUCCCCUCCCUCGCUGGCUUCGGACGUGGUGCAGGGGCGAGGGCUUCCCGGCCGACUGAGCCCCACUCCUCCCCGUUCGACCUCGGCGGACUCCCCGCCACCAGAGCCGGAGCCAUGUCUUCCCGGCGGGCUUGGCACCAGUGCCGACGUGCCAGCCGCGGACUCGGUGGUCGUCGAGGAGGAGGAGAUUGCCGGAGGGCCGGAGAUCGGGGACGAACCGCAGGCGGAGCUGACUGGACUGCCGGAGAUAAGGGACGAACCGCAGGCCCCGUCCUCCAGCACGGUUAGUAAGCUGAUUACAUUUCCUCCAGUCAUCCGUUGCUACCUGCAGGAAUAUAACCGGCAUCUGACCGGGGCUAUACGCUCGCGAAAGCAUGUUGAAAAUGUUAAAUCAAAGAUGGGUCGAAUUGUUGCAUUCCUCAGCUACAUGAGCCGUAAUAAGACCGCCCUGGGCUCCUGGCGCUUCUUGGAUGACGCCGGACGCAUACUUGCCUGGCCCGCUGAACUCAGCCGUCAGCAGAAGGCCGUGACUACCGUUAAGGUUUACCUGGUAAACACAACCCAAUUCCACGUAUACUUCAUGGAGACGCCUCCGAGAAGCUCCAGGCUGUCAAAGCGGCAGCUCGUGUCGGUGAUGCGAGCUCUGAGGUCGGCCACGUGCCAAAUCGGAACGCAGGUGGUGCUUCGGCAGAUCAAGGUCAAGUCUGAGAAGCUCCAGCGAUCCGUAACGCCCCAACUUCUCUGCAGAUGCCUCAAACAAUCUCAGAGCUGGAUCCCCAGACUCUUGCUGAGCUGCUCGCAAAAGAAGCACGACGUGGGAGCGAGACAUCUGUUGUACGGUUUCAUUGUCCUUUACCUUACUUCUCUCUACGGCCAUCGGGCCGGCGUCAUGACCAACCUUACCACCGAAGAGGUCCUGGAGGCAACAAGGGGAUCCAGCUCUCGCUCUCCGGGGGUCGUACUCAAUGUAAAAAACCAUAAGACUGCACGGGUGUUUGGCUGUGCUCAGGUGUUUCUGACCCACGAGGAACUGGGCUGGAUCCAGCGGUGGAUGGAGAUCCGGGCUCUGCUACGCCCUCGGUGCGAUCUGGUAUUUUUCAAUACCAACCACGGGCAAGUGAAAAACAUCACCCUGUUCGCGAGGAACGCAUGGGCAGCCAUGCUACUGCCAGGCAGACCCUCCCUUACCGACAUCAGGACCGCGGUCGCAACGAUGUGCAGGAACACCCACUCCAGUGAGGUCCGGACGCAGCUGUCCCGGGUAAUGUGUCACGACACCCGCACGGCCGACCGAUUCUAUGCGAUGCAGCUGGAUGUCUGCCAGAUGGCGGAGAUGAGGCGCAGAUUUGCCCAGUGCAUGGGAGAAGAAGCUGCAGAAAGUUCACAAUAAACUUUGAAUAAUGCACCAGAAUGUGUCAUGUCUCUUCAUUGUGUGGGGGGUGGGUGGGUGGGGUUCCAAUCCCGGCCAACGGGGCCCGCGGAUCGGUCCGCACCUCUGGUAAUCUGAGCUGGGCUCAGAACCGACCCGGAGAACCGCCAGGCCCAUCAGAAGGACCGAGGAGACUCACAGGAGCGGCCGGAGCCCACAGCGUUACUGCUUCGGAGAUCCAGAGAACCAGACCGACGUUCCGGGGAAAACGGCUUAAAAUGCUGGAAAAAGCCGAAAAGGGGGGCCUAAAUCGGCCUUGUCUGAGCUCCAGACGCCCCCUACAACCGCCCUGGAUCAAAACACUUUGUCAUUUUAGAAAAAAGUGCUCUUCUCCAGGGCUCUCUUGAAAUCCUUCCGGUGGGAUUUUUUUAUCUAAGGUCCUGAGAUCCUAUCUAUCCAAAUGGCGCCGGUGAAGCCCUAUUUUUACGGGUGGGGGGCAAUGCUUUGGACCCCCUGGACGCCUCCAGGGCUUUCAGCUCAUGUCAUAGCCGGAAAUAGGGACCGCAAAUCGGGAAACCCCAACUCCGGCCCUGAAUGCAAGCCCGGCCAGCCGGAGACCUCCAGGGCUUUCAGCUCGUGUCAAAGCCCCAAAUAGGGGCCCCCAAAUCGGGAAACCCACCCCCGAACUCCGGCCCUGAAUGCAAGCCCGGCCAGCCGGAGACCUCCAGGGCUUUCAGCUCGUGUCAAAGCCCCAAAUAGGGGCCCCCAAAUCGGGAAACCCACCCCCGAACUCCGGCCCUGAAUGCAAGCCCGGCCAGCCGGAGACCUCCAGGGCUUUCAGCUCGUGUCAAAGCCCCAAAUAGGGACCCCAAAUCGGGCUCCUCUCUCACUGAUCCGGCUCCGGAACAAACAACCAGGCUGGACAACCGGACAACCUUACGCACCCUUCGAACCGCGGCAUCCCACACUUAAGCACCCCCCACACGGACUACACCCACCAGCACGCACGGCCCUGGGGUUCGUGCCCCUGGUAAGGCAAGGAGAGAGAGCACCAGGUGGGGAGAGGGAGGCCGGGGUCUCCCCGUGACAAGGGGAGCCCCGGGCUGGCCGUCCCCUGCGGGCCGACCAGCCGCCCCCCUCUCCCCGCACCGGAGGGGCCGGCUGGGACUUAGGCCGUGAAGCGAAGCGCGGCUCGUGCCCCUGGUAGGGCAAAGAGAAACAGCUCCAGGUGGGGAGAGGGAGGCCGGGGUCUCCCCGUGACAAGGGGAGCCCCGGGCUGGCCGUCCCCUGCGGGCCGACCAGCCGCCCCCCUCUCCCCGCACCGGAGGGGCCGGCUGGGACUUAGGCCGUGAAGCGAAGCGCGUCCCGUGCCCCUGGUAGGGCAUAGUUCCACCGGAGGAGGGGGUGGGAGGGAGGCCCCGGAGGUCGGCCGACAAAAGGUUGGAUCGAGAGCUGACUCUCAAUGGAUCGCAGCGAGGGGAGCUGCUCUGCCACGUACGAAACCCUGACCCAGAAUCAGGUCGUCUGCAAGUCAUUUAGCACCACGUUCUCCGCGAACAUGCUGUGCGCGAUCGGAGAGGGGUGACCGUCGUCCGGCCACACCCCGGCCCAGUCACGGAAGGCUCUCCUCGCCGACCGGAGUCGGGUAUCGGAGACCGACCGAAGCGAUGCGGCGCUACUGGUAUCGUUACGUCUAGGCGGGAUUCUGACUUAGAGGCGUUCAGUCAUAAUCCCACAGAUGGUAGCUUCGCCCCAUUGGCUCCUCAGCCAAGCACAUACACCAAAUGUCUGAACCUGCGGUUCCUCUC